AUGCACUACCCAACCCGGCCAGUGGACAAGGACAAGGCAGAGCAGGAGCUUGUUGUAAAUAUCAAGAAGGCCACCAGUCCUGAAGAAUCUGCGCCGAAGCAGAAACACGUUCGAAGUGAGCUUCAGCCUCCAUACGACGAGGUCAAGGCUGACUUGUGCUGUGCAGAGUGCAUCGUAUUUACCUGGGACUAUCAUUCCUCGAUUUCUUUUUGGAGUGGACUUCGCGUUCAACCGAUUGUUUCAGACGAGGUUCAAACAUUCAAAGCACUCAUUACGGUCCACAAAGUUCUGCAAGAGGGCCAUCCUGUUACCAUUAAAGAAGCGCAAGCCCAAACUGGCUGGUUAGAGACAUGCGCAAGAAAUGUCGGUUCAGAUGGUGGUGGUCGUGGAUACGGACCACUCAUCCGAACAUACGUCCAAUUUAUUCUGGCAAAACUCCGUUUCCAUCGUUUGCGGCCAGAAUUCAAUGGUCUGUUUGAAUACGAAGAGUAUAUCACCCUCAAAGGAAUCGACGACCCCAACGAAGGUUAUGAAACGAUCACUGAUCUCAUGAACCUGCAAGACCUCAUCGAAUCAUUCCAAAAGAUGGUCUUUUCACACUUCAACCACUCUUCCAAUAACGAAUGUCGCAUAUCUGCGCUUGUUCCACUGGUGAAGGAAAGCUGGGGAAUCUACCGAUUCAUCACCAGCAUGAUGCGUGCCAUGUUCAGACGAACAAAUGAUGCCGAGGCAUUAGAACCCCUGCGCCAGCGCUACACCGCCCAACACUAUAAUCUCCGCAAAUUCUACUACGAAUGCUCUAAUCUCAAAUAUUUGACCGGUCUAAUCAAUGUACCAAAACUCGCCCAGGAACCGCCCAAUCUUUUGGAUGCUAGCGAUGUCCCCGAACUCCCUCCUCGACCUAAAACCGUAGCAUCUCCACCCCCCGCCCCUUCACCCGAUGCAGCGACUAUAAAUGAGCAGGCAAAAUUGCUCAAAGAAUACGAGGAACAGCAAGCGAAGCUCGCUGCGGCGAGGCAGGAUGAAGAGCGCCGACGACUUGAACAAGAGCAACAACAAGCUCGUGAAUUCGAAGAGAUGCAACGGAGACAAAUGGAGGCUCAGCGACUUGCCCAGGAAGAGUUGAUGCGUCAACAACAGCAACAACAAUACUCUAUGGCCACUCAACAGUCAGCUGACCUGGAGCGUCAAGUCCUUGAGCUGCGCGGCCAAUGGGAACGGGACCAAAUGUUCUUGGAGCGUUAUGAUCAGGCUUUCCGAGCGCUUGAGGGGGAAUUGGCUGCAAUCAAUGCUAAUGUCAACUCACAAAUGUCUUCGAAGGACGAUAUGAUCAAGCAACUGCAAGAGCAAGUUACACUUUGGCGCAACAAAUACGAGGCCCUUGCCAAGUUGUACAGCCAAUUGCGGACCGAGCAUCUGGAUAUGCUUGCCAAGUUCAAGCAGAUGCAGCUGAAAGCCAAUUCAGCUCAAGAAGCAGUCGAUCGUAUGGAGCGGAUGGAACGAGACCUCAAGGCAAAGAAUCUGGAGUUGGCUGAUAUGCUUCGGGAACGUGACCGUGCUCGCUUUGAUAUUGAUCGUCAAAAGUCCAGCCAUAAAGAUGAAAUCGACCGUCUGAGGCGUGAACUCAACUUUGCCAACGAGCGUGCUGACGACGCAUCCCAUUCACGCAACUCGGAGGUCUCUAGCGUUUUGAACAAGUACAAUCGACAGAUUCAAGAGCUGGAAGACUCACUGAGGGCAAAACAAAUACAAAUCGAUGAUCUACUCGACAAGUUGCGGAAUACUGAGGCAGACAUGGACCGGCUUCGGGACGAGAAGGAUGAAGAGCGACUCGUUCAAGAAGAGAGCAUGAAUGAGACCAUCAGGCAAUUUGCAGAAGCUCAGCAGGCGCUAAACGUCGUGCAAGGUGCUAAUGAUGCACAAGUCGACAUCCUCAUCCUUGACCACCAGAAGAAGCUUAACCAAAUUAUCGACUCAAUUUUACACGCUUGCAUGCAGAAAAUUGAAGAUGCCAUCUAUGAACUCGAGUCUCCCACACAAACCGGAAAUACCAGUGCAACACCCGAGUACACUCUGUCCAUGAUCGAAAAGGCGGUCAACAAUGCCAUGGAAUUCGCCACCGUCUAUCAUCUAUAUCUUGGCGGAGAAGAGGGUGGAGAGCAAGUCGAGGUCAUCAAAGCCUCCAACGAAUUUGCGCAGUCCAUGGCCGAAGUUCUGGUUAAUACCAAGGGUAUAACUCGUCUGGCUAGCGACGACGAUGCCUCGGACAAGAUCAUCAAUGUCGCAAAGAUGGCUGGAAAUGUUGGCGCACGGCUUUUCCUAAAUUUGCAGUCCUUCAACCUCAGCGGAAUGCAAGCGAGCCAAAAGCAGGAUGUGGCCAUGCGAAAUGGUGCUGAGGCUCGCGGUGCUCUUGCCAAACUUUCCGAUUUGGUCGACACUCUUGUACCAAAGGGAACGAAGCCCAAUUUGGCCAAGGCAAACGGAGACAUUGGUGACCUCGUAGAGCAAGAGAUGAUGGGUGCUGCUCGUGCCAUUGAACUUGCUACGGAGAGGCUCCAGGCACUGAUGUCACGUCAACGCGACUCAUCACGAUUCAGUGCUGUGGACCUUCAAGUCCAUGACUCUAUUCUCGCUGCUGCAAUGGCCAUCACUAAUGCUAUUGCUCGCCUGAUAAAAGCAGCUACAGAAUCGCAACAAGAGAUUGUAAACGAAGGCAAAGGCUCCAGUUCGAAACAACAGUUCUACAAGCGCAACAACAGGUGGACAGAGGGUCUUAUCUCUGCUGCCAAAUCAGUCGCAUUUGCGACCAAUCUACUUAUUGAGAGCGCUGAUGGUGUUCUGUCUGGAACUCACUCUCUCGAACAACUCAUUGUUGCCUCGAACGAAGUUGCUGCUGCCACAGCCCAACUGGUGGCUGCUUCGCGUGUCAAAGCGAGCCUCAUGUCGAAAACCCAAGAGCGUCUUGAGCUUGCUGCCAAAGCCGUUACCGAAGCUUGUCGAGCUCUGGUUCGCCAGGUCAAGGCUGUUUCCGCCAGACAAGCGCAGGAGGACGACGUUGACUACAAGAACAUGGCUGUGCUUGAGUUCAAGAAACGGGAGAUGGAGCAACAAGUCGAAAUUCUCAAGUUGGAGAAAGAACUGGGUGCAGCGCGUCAUCGUCUGGGUGCAAUGAGACGUGCUGGCUAUCAUUCUGAGGAAACGGAAUAG